UAGUUGCCGUUACGUCGGCUCAGUGUAAUUGCGCGUACGCUUUCGAGAGAAUCUUAGAACAUCUUGAUCAAAUUCACUAGUCUUCGUUUGCUAUUAACACGCGUGUGAUAUUUCUACAUCUCUUUCUUUUUUUUUUUUUGCCAGCAAGGAACAACGCGUUGCUAGGAAUUCUCUUGUCCAGUAUAAGUGAAGAUGAAGUUUUUGUACGCCGGUUUUAUGUUUCUCGCAUAUAACUGUGUGACAUGGGGCCAGGAUUUAGCGUAUCCAACCGACGAGGAGACGUCUCACGUCAGCGGCGGCAACUCCACGGUAAUACAGGACCGUAUUCCGAUAUCAAUACCGGAUAGCUGCCCGAAGGACAUGCUUCUUUACCCAGGCGACAGUGGGAAGAAUUCCUGGGUGUGCGACUGUAGACCUCGAUUCUUAUAUUUCCCGUUGAAUAAUUCCUGCCACGAGGCCUACAGACAAGGUCCUUGUCCACCCAAGAAUUACGUCGUUCUCCCCGAGGACGAUGCGAUUCCUCGUUGCGUAGAGAAUCCCUGCUUGGAGGACGGCGUGGUUCCGUACAACGGCACGUGCUAUCCUCUCAGAACAAUAGGUGGUCCGUGUGCGCCCGAUGGGGUAAUAGGGGUGAACGAAACUACUUUCCAAUUGGAAUGUGUGGAAACGAGCAUUGCACCUUUCAUAAUAAUUGACCCUCCGAUGAGGACGUGUCCACCGGGUAGCCGUAGGAGUACACUUGGAGUGUGCAAAAAAGUAUAAGUGCAUAAAUAAAUCUUGAUCCAGUUGGUGUGUGAAGUUGGCACCCCCAAAUGCAAAUUUUGACAAAAUCUACGUGGCAUUAGAUUGUCCACAAUUUGUACGAUUUGUCCAUAAUAAUAAUUUUUUCUCCACCUUGCUACAAAAAAUUAUAAACAAAAAGUUAGAGCAAAUUUUGCCAGAAAUACUAAUAGGUAUAUUUAUCUUCAAAUUACAUGCAGGAUUCGAUUGCCCACAAUAAAAAAAAUUAAUUAUUAAUAAUAAUUAAUUAUAUUUAUUAUUAUUAUUAAUUAUUUAAUUUUUUAAAUUAUAAACAAAUGAAAAGUUAGAGCAAACUUUGUCACGAUCACUCAUAAGUGCGUUUAUUAUUUUUAAUUUACAUACAGAAAUCGAUUCAUAUUUUGUAGCAAGGUGGACGAAAAAUGAUUGAUGGACAAAUGCGUACAAAUUGUGGACAAUCGAAUCCCGUAUACCUAUAAUUGAAAAAAAAUGCACUUACGUUAAAAUUUUUUCCAAGAGUGGACAAAAAAUUAUUAUUAUUGGACAAAUAUGGACAAAUUGUGAACAAUCUAAUGCCAUACAGAUUUUGUCAAAAUUCGCUUUUAGGGGUGUCAACUUCACACUUGAUCCAGUUCGUCGCAUGCUCCUUAUUUUCGGGGUGCCCUAUACGAUUCAACAUAUGAGCAAUAUUGCAAUGUUAUAUACACUCAAUUUUCCAGCUUAAAAUUAAUAAACUACGUCAGGUUGGAUAAUUUCGAAUAAUUUUCCUUUUUUUUUUUUUGCGGGAUAACUUUGAUAUAUGUAUUUCGUAUUAUAAUUUAUAUACAAAAUUACACACGCGUUUUUAAUAGAUAGAUAUUUAAAGAACAUUAAAUAACAAAAAUUUGAUGUAGGCAUCAAUAACAUAUAUGUAUCUUUGAUUUUAUACUGUUAAUCUUAAUUAAUAACUAUUAUAAAUUAUAUACUUAUAUAAGAAUCGGAAAGAUAUAUCUUAAUCUUAAAAUUCACGGGUCUAUAUAAAUCACAUACAUAUUCAGAAUCAGAAAAAUAUAAAAGAAGCUACUGUUAAUAUCUAUUACUUUUACUAUAUUUCUAUAUAAUUAUACUUAUCUGUUUAUUAUACGUGGAAAUAUAUUGUGAUAUAUACAUUGU